AUGGCCUCCUCCCCUACGAAGAAAGCGGGUGGCGAAGCCAUCAAUCUGGCCUCGAACAACGGUACAAGAGAGUAUAAAUACACCGCUGAAAUAUCGCAGAUGAUGUUCGUCUUCGGGGAAGUUCAAGAUCCUACUCCAGAGACCGUGAAUCUCGUGGAAGAUAUCAUUCGCAGUCAGCUUAUUGAGUUGAUCGUACAGGCUCGUGCCCUUGCGACCAGGCGUGGGGCACGCUGGCUCUCGGCUGAAGACCUAAUAUUCUUGAUUCGGCAUGACAGGGGAAAGGUCAACAGACUUAGAACCUACUUGUCUUGGAAGGAUGUACGGAAGCACGCGAAGGACUCCGGUGGUGACGGAGGUGGUGCUGUCGAAGUUGAAACUUUAGAACAAGAAGAUGGUGGGUUAUUCCUUGCGGCCAAAGCUCAGAAGAUCACUAUCAAGCUUCCUUGGGAAAUUACCACCAUAUAUUCAGAAGUGCUGCGGCAGAGUGGACAUCAAUCUGAUGACGAGGAGGAUGAGGAUGACAUUGAGGCACACGAAGCCUCCAUUCAACGUUUGAAGGAGGCAGAUGAGGCAACAAGGCAAAUGACGCGCGAAGAAUACCAGCGCUAUUCAGACUGCAGACAGGCUUCUUUCACAUACCGCAAAGCUAAGCGAUUCCGAGAGUUUCUAAACCUGCCACCCCAUCUUGACCUCAAGGCUGGCGAUGACACUGUGGACAUUGUGGGCUUCCUGGCUUUCGAGAUGGUACGGUCACUCACACUGGCUGGGCUUGCGGUCAAGAAAUCCCUGGAGGAGGCAUCUUUUCGGGAGGAAUACUCCACGUCGACGCUACUAGGAAAACGCAAGGCUGCUUCCGCCGGAGGUCCAGCGGAGAAACGACGCCGUGAAGAAUCUCCCGACAACGAGGUAGAGCCUGUACUGCCUGCUUGUUCGCUGUUCCUCCCACCGCUGGAAGCACGGACUGCCCUUCGCCCCGAUCAUAUCCAAGAUGCCUUUGCUCGAAUGCAAGGUGAUUGGUCUCACCACCGUUCAUCAGGCAUGCGCAAUUGGCGAGGUGGAUUAGCGAGAACGCGCGUUAGCUUGAUUUAG